UGGCCCAAUAAACUUCCGGUGACGUAAAACGGGAGUUGUUCCGUCAUGGACUGGAUUGGUUUUUGCUAUGCUCUGUGUGUGUCAGCAGGUGGAAUUAUAGGUUAUGCUAAAGCAGGCAGCGUCACCUCUCUGGUAGCUGGUCUCCUGUUCGGCCUGUUGGCUGCCGGCGGUGCUUAUCUAACAUCUCAGAAUCCCAGAAAUGUGUGGCUUUCAUUGGGCACCGCGGGGACUUUGGCUGUAGUGAUGGGACUGAGAUUUUUAAACUCCUGGAAGUUCAUGCCAGCCGGUUUAAUGACUUUACUGAGUGUGCUCAUGUUGACAAAGAUCAUCGUUGGAAUGCUAAAGCCAGGACCACAUAAAUCUUGAAUUUGCCUUUUAAUUGUGCAAAAGGAUUGUUAAACAUUCCCAGCUUGUUGUCUGUUCUGUUUUGCAGUAUGGCUAAAAAUGGUAUGGAAUAGUAUAUUUUUCUAUAUAUGCAAACUUUGCUUAAAAAUUAAAAGCAAUGUCUACUCACCCA